AUGCUUGCCCUCAUUUCUUUCCACAAAAUCUUCAUCGCAGGCAUCAUUCUCGCUAAUUACCUCGCCGGGGUGCUUGCUUCGCCUGUGAAUAUUGACAAGUUCUCUUCGCGGUCAUCAAUGACUUCCUUGGUCCCCCUUACUUCUGAAUCCCAUAAUCUGGAUGGCGUUGGUAUGCUUGCACUUGAACGACGUGAUAAAAAGCCUAAACCUAUAUCUAUGGGCUUCAUGAUCAUACCAAAAUCAGACAAACGGUUCACCACAUGGUCCUCAGAACAUUCCUCCCUCGAAGUACUAUACGUAGUUGUCCUUGGUGGCCGAUUAUACUUUAUAAAGGAAGGAAACAAGAUCGUCCACCGAACCUUCCCGCGUAGCAGUACGCAUCAAGUAACAAGCUUGGAAAUUUCUUUACCUAUGCAGAUUUCUGACGACCCGGAAGAUGUCGAUAAUACUAUCACAAUAAUGGAGAGUGUUACCCGAAAGGAGUUUGGUUGCGCCUGGAUCAUCAGAACAGUGCAUUUCCUAACGCAGAGCAUGCAGGCAGCAGGAGAAGAAGUGGGUAUAUCCAAGGAGGAGGAGGAGGAUGCCAGGAAGAAAGUUAUAUCCAAAGAGAUUGAGUUAGGAGUUGUUCCGAGUUGCGGUGCGAGGCUUCAGAGGGUGUAA